AUGGGCAUCGAGAAUUUUGACAAGGGAGCUUGGGUCGAAGCAGUCAGUAAGCUCUCUACUCGGGCAUGGAUUGCGAACUCCACGGUCGACGACAUGUUCCGGCAACUCGGGGGGCUCGGGGACGCCGACCCAUCGACCACAGCCAUCAAGUACAUAAGCCUCCUGGCCUGCUUUAUCCUGGCCUUCAUAUUUUUCCUCCAGUCAGCUAGGCACUUCAUCCACGCAAACUUUCUCAUCAGCACACAAAAAAGUGAUAGCACCGGCGAGGAGGCUGUGAAGCAGAACGCGAAGGUGGUCAUCAAAAGGGGCGGUGAGUUUCUGUCACUCGGGCUUAGGGCAAUCUACUUUGCUCUUGCUUUGCUCCUCUGGUUCUUCGGUCCGGUGCCCAUGUUCGUCGCGUCCGCCAUUUUAGUGAAGAUUCUGUAUCACCAUGACUUCCUCUCCAUCCCCUUGGCGAGACCCCAACAACCAAAAACCAGAUCAGGAGGAGUUCAGUAG